CCUGCAGCCGCUGGGAUGCUGCUGGCUCGAGCUGGGGCUGCUACGGGGCGGGCCUCGGCGCAGCUGGCCGCCCUGUCCCAGGUGCUGCGGCUGGAGCGGAGCCGCCGCACCGCGAUCGUGUUCCCGCUGCAGAAGCUGGAGCGAUACCUGGCGCCCGGCACCGACACGGCGCCGUUCCGCCUCUUCCAGCCCGGGCUGGCCGCCCUGCAGCGCUCCGAGGCGCUCUUCAGGUCCGACCAUGGGCACCCCAUCGACUACGUGAGCUCCGCCGUGCGCAUGGACCAUGCCCCGCCGCCCGCUCUGCCCGAGGUGUGCUUCAUCGGCCGAAGCAAUGUGGGGAAAUCAUCUUUAAUCCGGGCCUUGUUUUCACUGGCUCCAGAAGUGGAAGUCAGAGUGUCAAAAACUCCGGGCCACACCAAGAAGAUGAAUUUCUUCAAAGUAGGGAAGUACUUUACUCUGGUGGAUAUGCCAGGAUACGGCUAUCGCGCCCCGCAGGACUUUGUUGAGAUGGUGGAGGCCUAUCUGCAGGAACGGCACAACUUGAAGAGGACUUUCCUAUUAGUUGAUGGUGUAGUUGGACUCCAGAAAACAGAUCACAUUGCAGUAGAGAUGCUGGAAGAGUUUGGGAUUCCUUAUGUGAUGGUGUUAACAAAAAUUGACCGAGCUUCCAGGGGAUUAUUGUUAAAGAAUGUACUGGAGAUCCAGGAGUUUGUAAAGGAGAGCACUCAGGGAUGCUUUCCUCAGCUGUUCCUGGUCAGUUCUGUGGAGUUUUCGGGGAUUCACUUGCUCAGGUGUUUUGUAGCCCAUGUUACUGGAAACCUGCCCACUGUAGAGGCCAGCUGAAAAAACCUGCUGAUCUGCUUGGCUCAUCAGGAACAAAAGUAGGCGCAGCAGGAUGGCAUGCCUUGCUUGCAGACAUUGAGUUGUCCCUGUUCCACAAGGAUGAAGGAAAGAACACAUCUUUUAUGGGAUCUACUUUUCCAUGAGUGUUGGCUUGAAACAGAGUGGAAUAAAAGACUGACAUCUAGAGGAGCCCUGUCCUGCA